AUGUCUCUGCGACUGCUUCCCGCCAUCACUCUGGAUAAUGACGACGACGACGAUGGGAACUUCACCAAAUGGAUGAGCAGUUAUUGGGGUCACGAAGCACAGGGGAGUCACUCCAAGGACCGAAAGAGGAGCUUCAGACGCCCAGCCAGGUCUCAGACCGACAGACGCGGGUCUCUGCCCACAAUGUCUCAGUUAGACACCAUGAGUCUGAACCGGCUCCAUGCAGCUGCAAUAGCCCCGGGUCUGAGUCACGUACGAACCAGAGACGAGCUGGAGGUGAGGCCUCACCCCAGAGCUACCCGCUCCUCCUCAGACAACUGUCGACCCAAAAGCACCGUCCCAGAAGCUCGCAUCAGCACCAUCCCUGAGGUCACGCUGGAGCAGAGGCUGAGGAGCAUCACUCUGAAUGAGGAAAAUAGAUUGUGUCUGAUUUGUCACGAAGUAAUGCAGAAGAACGGAGAAGGAACCAAGGAACUGCACUGUACUCACCGCUUCCACAAGGAGGCGCAGCGCAGAUCAGAGCGAUGCAGUGAAGCGGGACACAAACACACGGACCAGAGGAGAAGGUCUGCAGACGCACACCUGCACAACCAGGACCCCCAGCAGGAGGCCCCUCUCCAUCGCCAGCUGUCCCUCCGCAAACACCGCUGA